UAACAAAAAAAGAAUUGAAACAUGCUGAACGCAGCCUAAACUCUAGCUCUUGUUAAUUCGAUUCCAAAGGAGAGAGAGAUUCAAACUCGAAAUUGCAUCAAUGUCUGACAGAGAAGAUAGUGAUUCCGACGCCCCUGAGGAAUUCACAGCUCUGCAGGGUAUACAACAAGACGAGGAGAUUCGCAAAAUUCAAAAAGAAAGUAAAGCUAGUUACAAAUCCAAAGAAAGUAAGGACACUGCUCAAGCUGAAGAUGAUGAUGUAUCAGGUUCUAAGCCUCAGCAUAAUUCGAAUCCAGCUUCAGGGUUUCUUCCAGAUGAUGUAGUGAAAAUGCUUGCAGCUCGUGAGAAACAAGUUUUCUUGCCUUACUAUGAAGGGGAGGAGGAGAAGGCUAAAACAAAGCCUGCUGCUUCAAAGAAGAGGAAAUCAAAGAAGUCAGGUUUGGAACCUGUUAUUUUGAGCGAACUAGGCCCUCCUCAAUGUUUACAGGGUGCCUUAGAAUUCUUGAAGAAAAGAAAAAUGUCAGUCCAGAGAUCGUCCUCUGCCUUGAAUAAUUCCAACAGAGCAUUUCGGCUCCUUUCUAAGUCUGGUGUGAUACUACAGAAAAGAUAACAAAGUUUUGUGAAGAAAUAAUGGAAAGUAUUAUGAAAUCCGAUAUUGUUGGAGC